CUAUCCGGAACAAUAAUUGUGUAAUGCCACGCCCUGACCUCUGAGUGUCGCUGUAGAUAAACCGAAGCAUCCAUCCAUUGGGUGAAGAAGUAGAAAGACGGUCUUCGUCUGACUUGAGACGAACGAAGCAUGAAGAGCAGGUGGAGUACAACAGCGAAGACCACAAGCUACGUUUGCUAAACAUUACUAAAUACCUGAUGUCACGUCAUCCAUAUGUGCGCAAUUAAGUUUUGAAUUCUGCAAGGAGAGACUUGCGCCGCCCAUGGAGAGAGGGCUGGUCCGUCCAGCUGCAUGGUACAAACGUCACAGCCAGCGGAGAGACGUCCCCCUCACCCCACCGUGUCCUCAAGAGGAGGAGAAAAUGGUCGUGCUCGGCGCCCUCCUGAGCCUAGCCGGCUGGGCGUCGCUCUACUUUGCCCUGUGUCACAUCAACGGCCAACGCAGCUGCGAAUGGAAUUGCCGCCUCGUCACCCUGCUGCAUGGUAUCCUGGCAGUCUGCAUCACGGCCUACAUUGGAUAUGUUGAUGGACCUUGGCCCUUCACCUAUCCAGGUACAAAGAACACACCUCUGCAGAUAAGUGCCAUGCUGCUGAGCCUGGGCUACUUUGUCUUUGACAUGGCCUGGUGCGUCUACUUCCGUACGGAGGGAGCCGUCAUGCUGGCCCACCACACCAUGAGCAUCCUGGGAAUCCUGCUCACUCUCUGGCUGGGCGAGUCCGGGAUCGAGGGCUGUGCCGUCCUCUUUGGCAGCGAGAUCACCAACCCUCUGCUUCAGGCUCGCUGGUUCCUCAAGCAAACGGGACACUACGGCACGUCCCUCGCGUACACUGUGGACGCCCUGUUCGUGCUCCUCUUCGUGCUGAUGCGGAUCUUUGUGGGAGGCACAAUGCUGUACUGUGAGCUGAUCUCGCCGAGGCCCAGAUUUUUCAUCAAGUGCGGGGGUGUGGCCAUGUACGCGCUAUCCUGGGUCUUCAUGGUGGACAUUGUUCGCUUCACCGUCCGGAAGAGCAGGAAUUGGCACAAGCAGCAGAGGGAACGAAAAGAGGCUGUGAAUGGUCACGAAGGAAAGAAGGACUGACUGAAUGCUGACCGCAGAGACAACUUCAAUAUAACUGAGAUGUCCUCUGGGGAGUAGGAAAGAAAACAAACACUUCAGGAUGUUGUUUGGUUGUUGUGUACAAGGCACAGGCCAAACAUCACAGAGAUGGUUUGCAGUAUAUGGUUGGAAAACAAAACAGUAACAGAUGUUGCACUUGGUUACAGUAAUAGAGUAAAAAAAAAAGAAAAAAAAAACUCCCAAGGCACCCACUGUUUGUGGACAACAUCAUGUAAUGAAGCUUAAUUUUUCUGUGAGUCAUUACAACCAAACCCUAAUACUGUUCACUGGAAGUCCCAAACUCUCUCCCUCAAAUAUCUGUCAAAAGUUCAUGUUUUGUUUUAUCACCAUACUUGCUAAUGAGUAGUAUGGACUUAGAGACUAGAGAACUUCUUGGACGUUUCUUGUUCCCUUUCUUAUGUGUCUGUCAGGCACGUUCGAAGAGUGAGCAAUUUUACUUUAGUUUAAUUAUCCAAUAAUUUAAGUUUACACAUCCCUGUUCAAAUGUCAGGAAUAAAACACAGGACCAAAUAUCUCAUUUGAAAAUGUUUUCCACCAUUAAUGUGACCUAUCUCGCCGUCUUGCAUUUUCCCACGUUUGGGAGACUUUGAUAUGGUCCAAUGAAACCAAGUUUGAAGUUUUGGGUCAUAAUUCUCAAAGGUAUGUUUGCCGCAAAUGUAAUGCAAUACCAGUUAUAACGUGCACACACCUAUGUAACCUCAUGAGCUCAAUGUUUUACUUCUUUUGGAAAAAAAAAGAGUUCUAGGUUACAGUGCACAAUAAUGGAAAGGGGCUUGAUUUAUUUCAGUCAAUUAUAUAAAAACACCUGCCAGGGUUAGGGUUUGAACAUCACUGUUAUUUUUUAUCCACUGUUGGUGUGAAUGGGUGUGAAAAUGCGGACAAGCGAAAUAAAAAAAAUGGAUGGAAGGGGGGAAACUUUUUUUUUUAAUUACUCUAACAGAAAACUCUAUAACAGUGAAUGUAUAUGUUGAUCUUAAGCACUUCCACUAUAAAUUAAGUAAAAUAACGUUGCUCUAGGUGACAGUGAACACAGAAAAAAGUGUCCCAAUAUGGUGGGCACAGUUUGUUUACACCUUGUAAUCACCUCAAUCCAUGUGUCAUUUUUAAAAUGAGUGUGUUUAUGUUAUUGUUUGUUUAGCUGUUUUUUGUUUUUUUUUUCUUUUGGGGUGGUGGGGUUGUUUGUUUGUUAAUGUCAAACUGUGAACAGAUGUUGAAGUCUUACUCAGGGAGAAGCUUUACUAAAGUCAUUUAUAUUUUAGUCAUUUUUUUAAGCUUUUGCCCUAGUUCCUUUUUGUCCUUUCCCUCUGUUCUCUUAUACAAUGGGAUGCUUUCCAUUGGUAAAACCAUCUUCUGACUUUUGUUAUUAGACUGAAGGCAUAUUGUUUUUGAUUAAAUGUACUGCAUUUGUG